UCGCAGAAGAAGCUACUCAAAGCGCGUUUGGAAUGUCUGAUUGGUCAGCUUCUCUACGGCUGCCUAGAUCUAGCUGAUCACAUUUUGGCCCUACUGCGCCGCAGCAUCGGCCUUCCAACCGAGCCGUCUGCAGCCGCCGUCCACCAGGUCAGCUUGGAUGAUGCGCUGACUCUCCUCUCACCCGGUCGUCUGUCGCAGUUGAGUGGCAGCAGAAGCAACGGCAGCCAGUUGGUUCAUUCCACCUCCGUUCUGCUCUCUUCUGCCGCCAUUGGACGUCUGGCGGAGGCCCUGGAGGCUGCUACCGAAGCCUCUCCCAACAAACCGGAGCAGUCGGCCUGUCAAAAGCUCUCCGAUUGGAUCGCGCUAUGUGAUAGGAGCGCUACUCGGGGUCUGGAGUCGUCCUCAGCUCUCACGGAAGGCCCCUCUGAGCUGUACUCCUUUUCGCAGACGCUUUUUGGUUCGCUUGCCUCGAGCUUCCAGGACUCCGUGCUGCAUCUCGGCUCAACCAUCACUGCAGAGGAGGAUCGGCGUAUCGAGAGCCUGCGUCUUUUACUUUUGGGGCGUCUCUACCGUCGCUUGAUUCAGGUGGCUGAAUCGCUGGCCCAUUACACUAUCAGUGAAAACCUCACCAACACUUCGCAGCCGGAUAGCUGCAGCUCAUCAUCAGAGCAACUCUACCGCCUGGCCCGUCUUCAUCUGGAUCCGGUGUCCUCCAGUCUUGGCGUGGAUAUCUUUUAUCCGAGCUGUGCUUCGACUGCAGCGGCAGCUGUCAAUCGUUUUCACCUGUCGAGCCUUGCGAAGUUAUUUGUACGGCAGAGCUUUGUUGCCGCCCGACAGCGUUUUCAGGAAGGAGAGCAAGAUGAGAAGACGUCUGCGGGCAGGACAACUGGCAGUGCAAAGAGGAAGAGGGCUAGCGCCACGCCGAAGCCCCAGUUCUACGCAAAGUUGGUCACCGAGGCACUAGAGGACCGUAUUCUGGAUGUGGUUACUUGUUAUUUUGCGCGAGCCCACCAGACUGCAGACUCGGGACAGUGUCCGCUGCAUCCCACACUCACUCGACUGUACAGUGCUGUUCGUGAGGAGGCGUUCAAUUACCUGGAGCUGGCCAGCGGCACCCCGCGCUUUAUUCGACGCUGUCUCUCCAAACUUGAUCCGAGCCUCAACUCAAGUCUGCGUGAAUUGCCCUUCUUCUCGCUAUUUGCACCACCGACGGCCACCAUUUCUGGUGGUGACCAGUCGAUUCAGGAGGCUUCAAGUCAAUUGCGCCUCCUUAAUUUCAUUCUCCUACGGGGUUGCAGCAACGUAGACGAACACUCUGUUUUGCGUUCAUGGGCCGCAAAGCGGGUUCUGUCCCAUGUGUUCGGCCUAAAUGGACGUCAAAAGGACAUGUAG